CUGGCGUCGGCGGCGCGCACAGUGGAGCGGCCCUCCGCCGCCGGCCUCCAGUCGGUGCUUGCCCGCGGCCGCGCCGUCAUCCGCCAGUGCACAGUAGCUCGGGGAGACCAGCCCUGCGUCCGACACCCGCGACUCCGCGCCGUCGACGUCUGCGCCCUCGCCGCCAUGGCGCCACCGACCCUGGCCCUGCACCUGCUGCUGCUGUCCGUCGCAGCAGGUUGUUGCUGGGGCCUGCAAAUCGAGAAGCUGAACGUGCCGGAGGCAGUACGUAACGGCAGCCAGAGCAGCCUGAUACUGGACUGCGACUACUCCGUGGCCGACCCCAAGCACUGGGACGGGCUGGUCGUCAAGUGGUACUUCAACAACGAGCCCCUGCCCGUCUACCAGUGGAUCAAGGACGAGAAGCCGCAGGGAUUCGGCGUGCUCAAGGACCGCCUUAACCUCACCUACGAGGCGUCCAGCGAGAAGGAGAAGAAGCACCGCGCCCUCCAGAUCCUCAACCCCACGCCCGACCUCUCGGGGGAGUACAAGUGCGUCGUCUCCACGUUCGACAACGAGACGUCCGGCUCGAAGAAGAUGGUCAUCUUCGUGCCGCCCGAGAAGGACCUGGAGGUUGUGCAGACGAGGCACAAGGAGGGCGCCGUCAACGUCAGCUGCCGCGCGGAGGGCGUCUUCCCCGAGCCGUCGCUCACCAUCACACACGACAGUUUUGUGUGCAGGUCGCCCGCGGCGGACGUGAAGGUGCACUCGUCGCGGCGCGACAGCGUCUACGACGUGCUGGCGUGGACCGUCGCGGAGGACCAGGCCCUGAGCGCGCCCACCACCUUCCACUGCGACCUGCGCAUCCCAGAGACCAACUUCACGCAGCGCGCCUCCACCCACUACGAGCCCGGCCCCCCUACAACCACAACUGAUAGCCCGCCUGAGGAGCAAUCCUCCUCCGUCGCGGAAGAGCUCUUUGUCACGCCCGAGCCUGGAUCUCUGGCGCCGAGGAGCUGUGUUCUGACCUGGCUGGUGCUCCUGCUGCCGCCCUUGCUCGCCUCCACGUUAUGAGAAAGAGGUUGAGAGCGGUCCGGGCGGACGGGGAACCGCCGGCUGCUGCGGUCUUCAGGCGAUGCCAGCGCGGCGGCUGCGGCAGCGGCGGCGGCGGCGACGACGUCAUCGACGGCGCCUCACCUCCCCCCGGGAGGCCUGCAG